GAAGGGGCAGCACGGGACCCCGGGAGCGCCCCCGCCUCCUCCCCGGGGCCGCCGCGGGCUCCGUGAGCCGCUUUUUCCCUCCGGCCGGCAGGCUGGGCGCGCAGGGGCGCGGGCCCCCGCCCGGCGCGCAGCGGCACCAUGGGCACGGUGCUGUCCCUGUCCCCCAGCUACCGGAAGGCCACGCUCUUUGAGGAUGGCGCGGCCACGGUGGGCCACUACACGGCCGUGCAGAACAGCAAGAACGCCAAGGACAAGAACCUGAAGCGGCACUCCAUCAUCUCCGUGCUGCCUUGGAAGAGGAUCGUGGCGGUGUCGGCCAAGAAGAAGAACUCCAAGAAGGUGCAGCCUAACAGCAGCUACCAGAACAACAUCACGCACCUCAACAAUGAGAACCUGAAGAAGUCGCUGUCGUGCGCCAACCUGUCCACGUUCGCCCAGCCCCCACCGGCCCAGCCGCCCGCACCCCCUGCCAGCCAGCUCUCGGGCUCCCAGACCGGUGUCUCUUCUUCCGUCAAGAAGGCCCCGCACCCUGCUGUCACCUCCGCAGGGACGCCCAAACGGGUCAUCGUCCAGGCGUCCACCAGCGAGCUGCUGCGCUGUCUGGGCGAGUUUCUCUGCCGCCGGUGCUACCGCCUGAAGCACCUGUCCCCCACGGACCCUGUGCUCUGGCUGCGCAGCGUGGACCGCUCCCUGCUUCUGCAGGGCUGGCAGGACCAGGGCUUCAUCACGCCGGCCAACGUGGUCUUCCUCUACAUGCUCUGCAGGGAUGUAAUCUCCUCUGAGGUGGGUUCUGAUCACGAGCUCCAGGCUGUCCUGCUGACCUGCCUGUACCUCUCCUACUCCUACAUGGGCAACGAGAUCUCCUACCCGCUCAAGCCCUUCCUGGUGGAGAGUUGCAAGGAGGCCUUUUGGGACCGCUGUCUCUCCGUCAUCAACCUCAUGAGCUCCAAGAUGCUGCAGAUCAAUGCCGACCCGCACUACUUCACACAGGUGUUCUCCGACCUGAAGAACGAGAGUGGCCAGGAGGACAAGAAGCGGCUCCUCCUAGGGCUCGAUCGGUGAACCCUGUAGCCCGCAUCAUGGCUCAAGGAUUCAAUCCAUUUUUAAAAAUUUAUUAUUAAACAAAUCAGAUUUUGUGUACAGUAUGUGUCCAGCAAAGCCACCAAGGGCCGCUCCCUUCCCACCUUCUCUCCUUGGGGUUUUCUUCAGCCGUGCCAAGAACUCUGGGCACUUUUGAACUCCCGAACCUUGUGCAAAACCCAGAAGAUGUAUUCAGAGCCACCCAGGCCCCUGACCUCUCGCUUUGGGGCAUUCAGAGGACUGACCUGCUUCUGCCACCUGCGCCCUUGCUGGACCAGGGCAGAGGCUCCUGGAGCCAGCCACCCUGACUGAGCCACGUGGGGUUGUGAGGCAAGAUGCCCACCGCCCUGGGACGACCUCUUCAAUCGAGGAGAAGCCGCCCUGGUGGAAAGAUUGCGUCCUGUCGUUUGACCAUGCACGACCCUGGUUUGCUCUUUUGUCUUUUUUAGGGAGAAGGGCUUUCCUUUAGUGGAGACAUGGAAUUCGCCCCCCAGCCCGGCCCUCUUGUCUCCUGCCCUAGCCAUGUUGGUGGUGUUGGUUAAUGAGCUGGUUUGACUCAGUAAGUUCUUUCAUUUUGGGUCCCAGCUAAAGGGGUGGGGUGAAGCUGAGGACAGCUCCUUUCCUGGGUGAAUUUUUCAUUUGACUAAUGCAGCUUACCCUGUGGUGAAGGCCAGGACAGCUGCAGGUGCCUGUUAUCAACAGCCUGCCUUCUGGGCAGGUGAGGGUGCCAUGCCUGAGACCCAGCCGGUGCCCACCAAAGGGCUAAAGGCCUCUUGCUGGUGCACAUGCCAUUUGUCCUGCAGAGCUGGGCGGGUGAUGUCAGGGAUCACGGUGAUGUGGUAAUGACGUACCCCUGCCCCCACCCCUGUUCAUUUAAAGCUGUUUCCAAACAGUUCAGUUUCUUCUGAAGAUGAAGCCUUGUCCUGCAAGGCCCAGGGAGACAGCUGGAUCUUGGAGACAAUUACAAGAUGGGAGUAGAACUCCUGAUGGCUUUGGAAGCCUGCUGAUUCUACAACUGAUCAUUUGCAGCUGCUGGUUUGGGUUUCCACUUGACCCUAGUGGCUGUAAAAACACAUAAUGUGUACUUAAUCAGUUUUCUUUCUAAUUCUCCCAGAUUGGUGGCUUGGGACUUGGGAGAGGACCAAGAGAAGGGAGCACGUCUUCCUCCAUGGCCCAUCAGUCUGGCUUUGGGGAACAAAGACCAAUGUGAAGAUGCUACAGAGAAUUCUCUCUUCUAGUCCCAAUCCCCCCGCAAGUGCGGGAAUGGGGGGCUGGGUGUGGGGUGGGGCAGAGGGUCGUUUUACAUAGGAUUAGGUUCCAGGUGGCUGCCGAUUUCAGCACAAGCACUACUGAAAUUCACAUAAAAAAGAGAAAGCUGUGAAAGUGACGUCCUGGUUUAUGAGGCCUGGAGCAGAGCCUGCUGGCCUGGGGUGUUCCCAGAUAUGAGGAAAAGGGCCUGCCUGUGCCAGGGGAGCAUUUGCCCCAGCUGUGCCUCGAGGUCCACGCUGAGCCAUUGCCGGGACUGCUGGAUAAUCUGAUGCGGAGCUGGAAGGAACCUGCGGCUGCUGGCACAGACUUCCCCGCAGCGCCUCUUCUCUGUGGGAGUUGUCACACAGCCUGUCUGUUCAGAUCCUGCUGCCACGUGUGACCUGAGGUAGGAGGCCCGUGGGGGCAGUGGGCCCUGGCGGCGUGGAAGAGGGAGCUUCGGGUGCCGAGUCUCAAGAGGAGGGGCAGUGCGCGUUUGUAGUCACUCAUUCGGCUGCCUGAACUUGGCCUGAAACUGUGCGGUUGAGUUGCACCCACAGGAUUCCAGUUCUGUGUGUUUCCUUCUCUUUCUCCAUAUUUAUUUUUUUAUUUUUUGGAGGAGGUGCAAAUUUCAGGAAUGGUUGGAGACUAAGGAAAUAACUCUAGUUCCAUCAAUGUGAAGCCUGUUGUGUUCUCCCUCCCCUUGCACUGGUCAUCAGUAUUGUGUAAAGGAACUCAGACACUUGAGUGUGCAAGCAAUGAACCCAUUUGACAUGCUGCUAUGAAGACUACUUUUAGAACAACAAUAAAAAAAAGGAAAAAAACUAACCUACAAAAAAAAAACCCUUUAUUCUUUAAUUGUUGCUUUUACAGUGAUAUUGUGCAUGCAAACCAGGAGCAUUUUGUGUCUUAAGAAAAAUAAUCUUAGAACAGAUGGCUGUGAAAAUUACACCCGUGCACAGAACAAGUCACAGGAAUAAUAGUUCCAGAUUUGGUUUUUCUCUCUUUCUUGUAAACCUGAAGGGUUGAUAUAUUCUUUCCAUGCAGUUAUUAGAAUUUAGUUUUGUUCCAACAGUUGUUAAACUUGCAAUGAAAAGGAAAUGUGCCAUUUUUUUCACUCGGAAUUAUUCAUAGCUGUAUAUUUGAAACUGCUAAUUACACACGUGCGAUGUAUGUUGGUUUUUUAGUGCAAUUUCCUCUGUAGCUAUUCUUUGACCAAACUGUGGGUAUUGUUAAUAUUAAUUUAUAUUUGUCUCAUUUUGUAUGUAUGUAGUGUGUUUGUAAGUAUGUGUGGUUUAUAAUCUGACAAGGUCAUGAAGCUCAGUUUGGCUGUAAUUUAAUUCCCCUUAUUUUUAUUUAUUUUUGUACUGUGCUGAUUAAAUAAAAUGCACUGACCAUCCAUUACAUAGAC